UUCUCACUUUUUCUCCUGGUUUGGUCUUUUUCUUCAUUCUCUCUCGUUCUUGUGUGAUUUGUCCGAGAAAAUUUCGGUGAAUGUUGAAUUCAGGGAGGAAAAUUUGCGUAGUAAACUUGAAUUUUCAGGGUUUGCAUUCUCCUUUCGCUCUCUGCGAACCGAAGAAUGGAAUCUCUUAGAGAUUGAUUCUUUCUCUUGAAGAAAUAAUGUCGGAAGCUGAAAACAGAGGAAACGGAGAGACCCGACGGAGAAUCUCCGGACAACAAGUCUCCAGUCUCCCGAGAGAUCUGUUGCAGAGGUUCAUGUCUUCCAAAGACCAUUGUUACCCUCCGUACCAGAACCGUUCCCACACGACCAACGGUGUAGAAGAUGAUGAUGAUGAUGAAGAAGAUGUAGAGCUAAGCUUAGGGUUGUCUCUGAACGGCCGAUUCGGCGUAGACCCACUUGCCAAGUCGAAGCUCACGCGCUCGUCUUCGAUACCGGAAUUCAUCAUCACCAGCAGCGUCAAAUCGAAAACCUCGGAUUCGGACAGGGAGAGUUCGUCUCCUGCCCAUGUGGGUGCGUCUGCGACGAUCAUGAGGACGUGUUCGUUGCCGACGGAGACGGAGGAAGAGUGGAGGAAGAGGAAGGAGUUGCAGAGCUUGAGGAGAUUGGAGGCGAAGAGGAAGAGGUCGGAGAAGCAGAGAACCCAAAGGGGACUUAGGGAAAAGCGUAAAUCUGUAGCGGAAGAGAAGGAUCUAGAAGAUAGAAGAGAAGAAGGUUCUAUUGGGUCUUCUGGAAGUGGUGCCUCUUGUCUGUCUGAACUCGACAGCCACCAUACUCCUGUUCAAGCAACAAACAAGCUCCCGGACACAAUGGCGGCGGCGGCCACCCCACCUCUGCCGGAAAAACCAGACAACUCCGGCGAGAACCGAGCCAAAGAAACUGUCCUCGAGGACAUGCCCUUCGUGUCCACGAAAGGCGACGGCCCCAAUGGGAAACGCAUCGAGGGUUUCCUGUAUCGGUACAGGAAGGGCGAAGAGGUGAGGAUCGUGUGUGUCUGCCAUGGAAGCUUCCUCUCGCCGGCCGAGUUCGUCAAACACGCCGGCGGCGGUGACGUGGCACACCCUUUGAAGCAUAUAGUCGUCAACCCUUCUCCUCUCAUGUGAUGUGAUGUCUUUUUAGCUGUUACUUGUUCCAAGUAUUGUAUCCGACAUUGAUGAGGGAUCUCUCGUAUCUUCGGGCUUUGAGCUUUAUACAGUUUCUUACCGCCUCGAUUUCACAUUUUGUAUUAUAUCCGACAUUAUUGAGUUUGGAUUUAUCUUUGUUUCAGCUUUUAAUGAAAGUUGGUUCCUUUA